GUCCCAUAUUGAACUCGAGUUGGAAGAGGCGAGUCCGGUCUCAAAAUGGAGGUAAAACCGCCGCCCGGUCGCCCCCAGCCCGACUCCGGCCGUCGCCGCCGCCGCCGGGGGGAGGAGGGCCAUGAUCCAAAGGAACCAGAGCAGUUGAGAAAACUGUUUAUUGGUGGUUUGAGCUUUGAAACUACAGAUGAUAGUUUAAGAGAACAUUUUGAAAAAUGGGGCACACUUACAGAUUGUGUGGUGAUGAGAGACCCCCAAACAAAACGUUCCAGGGGUUUUGGUUUUGUGACUUACUCUUGUGUGGAGGAGGUGGAUGCAGCAAUGUGUGCUCAACCACACAAGGUUGAUGGGCGUGUAGUGGAACCAAAGAGAGCUGUUUCUAGAGAGGAUUCUGUAAAGCCUGGUGCCCAUCAAACUGUGAAGAAAAUUUUUGUCGGUGGUAUUAAAGAAGAUACAGAAGAAUAUAAUUUGAGAGACUACUUUGAAAAAUAUGGCAAGAUUGAAACCAUAGAAGUUAUGGAGGACAGGCAGAGUGGAAAAAAGAGAGGAUUUGCUUUUGUAACUUUUGAUGAUCAUGAUACAGUUGAUAAAAUUGUUGUUCAGAAAUACCACACUAUUAAUGGGCAUAAUUGUGAAGUGAAAAAGGCCCUUUCUAAACAAGAAAUGCAGUCUGCUGGAUCGCAAAGAGGUCGUGGAGGUGGAUCUGGCAACUUUAUGGGUCGUGGAGGAAACUUUGGAGGUGGUGGUAACUUUGGCCGCGGUGGAAACUUUGGUGGAAGAGGAGGCUAUGGUGGUGGAGGUGGUGGCAGCAGAGGUAGUUAUGGAGGAGGUGAUGGUGGAUAUAAUGGAUUUGGAGGUGAUGGUGGCAACUAUGGUGGUGGUCCUGGUUAUAGUAGCAGAGGAGGCUAUGGUGGAGGUGGACCAGGAUAUGGAAACCAAGGAGGUGGAUAUGGUGGCGGUGGUGGAGGAUAUGAUGGUUACAAUGAAGGAGGAAAUUUUGGAGGUAACUAUGGUGGUGGUGGGAACUAUAAUGAUUUUGGAAAUUAUAGUGGACAACAGCAAUCAAAUUAUGGACCCAUGAAGGGGGGCAGUUUUGGUGGAAGAAGCUCGGGCAGUCCCUAUGGUGGUGGUUAUGGAUCUGGUGGUGGAAGUGGUGGAUAUGGUAGCAGAAGGUUCUAAAAAUUUUCAGAAGAAAAGGGCUACAGUUCUUAGCAGGAGAGAGAGCGAGGAGUUGUCAGGAAAGCUGCAGGUUACUUUGAGACAGUCGUCCCAAAUGCAUUAGAGGAACUGUAAAAAUCUGCCACAGAAGGAACGAUGAUCCAUAGUCAGAAAAGUUACUGCAGCUUAAACAGGAAACCCUUCUUGUUCAGGACUGUCAUAGCCACAGUUUGCAAAAAGUGCA